AUGCCCAUUAAUAUUCUCUCCCUCCAAGCCACGGAUCUUCAAUAUGCUAUAAAUUCGAUGGACGUUGGCGAAUUAAUCGCCUUCUCUCUAUGCUCCAAACGAACCAAAAAUCUCGUGAAGUCUUCGAACAUGCUACUUAUCAAAACCACCGCCGCAGUUUUUAAAAAUGACUACAUUGAAUUCGAAAUCCUCGCGUUUCAAGGAUCUUUCGAUAGAGAUAUUCACAAACCAAUCCAGUUUUUUCUUCCUGCGAAUCGAUGGAUGCAAGUGGACCGUGGAAAUGGAAUCGAGCGAUGGAAAUUCACAAGGAGCCAUUGCAUUGCUCAUUUUAUGAGCCUUUUCAAAGUCUCGGAGGUCACCUAUCUGAUCCUUGGUGGCCUUUGCCAAGUACCGUAUCUGGAUACUGUCAAGCAAAUCUUCCCAAGAUGUUAUACGCUUAAAAUCGGUAAAAAUUGUUCAGAUGAGGUUACAAAGAUGGCGAUUUUGAAGUUAGCACCCAUUGCCAAGGAGGUGGAAAUUGGUAAAAAUCAUAUUAUCAAUGAUAUCCCCCAUUUAUGGACAAUGCACUUGGAAUUUGUGCUUUUGAACGACGAGGAAAGACCACUCAAACUAACAUUGGAGGAUUUAUUGACUCUUAACAUUGGCAGUGUACUUAUUCUUAAUACAAAUAUCACUGAGAGAGACUUGAACAUAUUUAUGAAGUUAUGGAUGAAAGGGAGUCAUAGAUUCUAUGCUCCAGAAACUAUAAAAUUGCAUACAACGAAUGGAUUCAGAAUGGAUCAAGUCUUCAAAGGAAUUCAAUAUGAAACUGUUCUAAGAGACUAUUCAUACCAAUUGAGACGAGGAGAUGGAGAGAAAUUGACGAUUUUGAAUGUGGAAGGUAUCAUGUUUCAAUUUUCAUAG